CUGAGCUGCGCGGUCUCUUUGUUUUGUUUGUUUACUUCAAAUCUGAAUGACAUGUGCUUUUGAUUUCCAUCUCUAAAAUGUCUGACGGUGCAUUUGGAGAGUUUAUUACAUACUAUAAAAAUCUUCCUCAGGCUAAAGGAACUUGCCGUAUCUAUGAAAGAAAUGAAAAUUUUUCUGUAUAUGGUGCAGAUGCUGCAUUAAUUAAUCAAGAGCUAUUUAAAGCAUCAAAGCUCAAAUCUUUGGAGUUGGGUGGUGAAUCUUUGACUUAUAUAAAUAUAAGCAAAACAAAUUUAGCUUUAGCUUUGAAACACCUACUCUUUGUACGACAAUACAAAAUUCAAAUACUGAAAAACACUGGAACAGCAAGAACACCUCAAUGGACUGUGGUUUGCAAAGCAUCUCCUGGUAAUUUGACAGAAAUUGAAGAAUUUCUAUUUGGAGAACAUGGAAAUUAUGUUCAAGAAUCCAGAGGUCUAAUGGCUAUAAAAAUGGUACCUGAUGGCUCUGAAUUGACACUGGGAAUAGCAUUUUGUGACCCUGUUCUGAGAGAGAUUCAUAUAGCUCAGAUAUCAGAUAAUUCUGAAUUAAUAAACACACAAUCCAUUUUAGUUCAGUUGAGUCCCCAGGAAUGCCUUUUACCUUUGUCCCCAAACAUCAAGGCAUCUGAUGGAAGUCCAAAAUCGAAACUCAUAACUAUUUUGAAGGCACACGACAUUGCAAUUUCUGAAUGCAAACCAGGUGAUUUUUCUUCUUAUGACAUAGCGCAGGAUUUGAACAGACUUCUAGUGCUUAAGGAAGGCCAAGAUUUCAAGAAUUCAAUGAGAGAUGAAUCUGAAAGGAAAUUUGCAUUAUCGUCUGUGGCUGCAAUUAUCAAAUACUUAGAGCUUCUUUCUGAUGAGCAUAAUUUUGGGCAAUUCAACCUGUCAGUUUUUAAUUCAGAUCAGUAUGCCAAAGUGGAUGUGCAAGCUAUUGUAGGACUGGAUUUAUUUCCUAAAAAUCACAAAGAUUUAAAUGAUAAUUCUUUUCUAUUGGGACAUUUGAAUUCAUGCCAAACAAGUCCAGGAGAAAGACUUCUAAUACAAUGGAUAAAACAACCACUGACAGAUUUAAGAAAAUUAGAAGAAAGAUUGGAUAUUGUUGAAGUUUUUGUAACAGAUUUGUCUUUGCAAAAUGAUGCUGCUAAGCAUAUUUCAAGAUUUCCAGACAUAGAAACUCUUUGUAGAAAAAUUCAGAGGCGUAAAGCAAAUCUGCAGGAUUUGUAUAAAAUUUAUUUAAUGAUCCUUCAAUUGCCUGAGCUGUGUAAAACACUGGAAAAAUAUGAUGGACAACAUACUGAUGCUUUAAAAACCAACUUUAUUGAAGAUUUAAAGGAAAGAAUUGAUGAUUUUGAAAAUUUUCAGUCGAUGAUUGAUUCAACACUUGAUUUUGAAGCUGUGAAAAAUAAAGAAUUUAUUGUCAAAGCUGAAUAUGAUGCACAACUUCUAGAGUUGCGGAAAGAGAUGAAGGAAGUAGAAGACUCUAUUAACUCUACCCUUAAUGAUGUGGUUGAGGAUCUUGACUCACCUGGCAUAAAACUAGAAUAUGAUAACACUGUAGGUUAUCAUUAUAGGCUUACAAGAAAGCAAGAAAAAAAUUUACGUCAUAAGAAAGGCUACAAUAUUAUUGAUACUAAAGCUUCAGGAGUCAGAUUCCAAAGCUCAGAUCUGAAAAGUAUGAACGAGCAGUAUAUGUCACAAAAAAAAUCUUAUGAAGAAAUGCAAAAGGCAUUUGUUGAGGAAAUAAUUAAUGUAGCAGUGUCUUAUCUUCCGGCCAUGAAAAUGCUUAAUAAUACAAUCGCUUGGCUAGAUGUCUCUUUGGCGUUUUCUCGCGUCUCAGUCAAUGCUCCAAAGCGAUAUGUGCGCCCAAAGUUGCGUGAAAAGGGUGAAUGUUGCAUAAUAUUAAAGCAAGCUCGUCAUCCAGUCUUAGAAUCAAAAGUUGGAAAUUUCAUUCCUAAUGAUGUCACAAUCACUAAAGAUAAGUACUUUUACUUUGUAACUGGACCCAACAUGGGAGGCAAAUCAACUUAUAUUAGAUCAGUUGCUCUUAAUGUUCUCCUUGCACAAAUCGGAUGCUUCGUUGCAUGUGAUGACGCGGAAAUAUCAUUGACAGAUGCUUUCUUGACUCGAAUCGGUGCAUGUGAUAAGCCUGAAAAAGGUGUUUCGACUUUCAUGUUUGAAAUGCUGGAAGUUCAAAACAUUUUAAAAUCUGCUACAUCAUCAUCUCUGCUCAUCAUCGACGAAAUGGGGCGAGGGACAUCGACGUUUGAUGGAUUUGGCUUAUCGUGGGCUAUAUCAAGGCAUAUUGCUGAAGAGUUGAAAUCACCUUGUCUGUUUGCUACACAUUUCCAUGAAUUAACUGACUUAAGUCGAUGCGUUCCCGUGAUUGAUAACUUGCAUGUGGAAGCCAUGACUACUGAUGGUAGCAUUACAUUCCUUUAUCAUGUAAAACCUGGAGUAUGUGAUGAAAGCUUUGGCAUCCAUGUUACAAAACUAGCUCAGUUCCCUGAGGAAGUAGUUAAUAAAGCAGAAAAGAAACUGAAAGAAUUAGAUAGCGCUGUCAUGUCAGUAGAUGAAAUUAUGAGCACAUUUUCAACAGUUCCUGGUGGAGAGGUGAUAACUGAAGCAUUCCAACAGUUAUACGAAACGAGCAAUGUUACUGACAACAUGGACACGAAUUUAGAAAAUAUUGGGUGCCAAUCAAAGCUAGAGAAGUUGCUACAAGUUUUAGAAGAAAUGGCCAAAGAUGAAGGCUUGGAUGUGUAAAGUCAUUAUUUACUACAUUUUUGCGAAAAAAAAUCUGUAUUUAAAAUAAAAUUGUG